GUCGGGCGUGUCCCUCCGGAGACUGUGCAGCGCCCCUCAGCCCCUGCCUGCCGCGGCAACUGCUCUGUGACGGCGUCCCUCACUGCUCCAACGAGGAGGACGAGGCCGCCUGUACGGGCGUCGCCAGGAACGCCCCUGCUCAAGAGCUGGGCUCCGGGGACACGGUCACCUGCUCCGGGGGCCUGCGCAUCCCCUCCGCCUGGCGCUGCGACGGACGCAAGGACUGCCCCCUCGACGGCCUCGACGAGAUGGGGUGCGUAUACUGCGGUCCCUCGGAGUUCAUCUGUCCGACCUCUGGCGUGUGUGUGCCGCAGGAACAGGUGUGUGACGGCUCGCCCUCCCUCCCCUCCUGCACCGACGAGCAGUACUGCGAUGCCUGCCCUCCCGGCCACCUCGUCUGCGACGUCUGUGUUGAUAGCUGGCAGAUCUGCGACGGGGUGUGGGAUUGCGAGUCCGGGGAAGACGAGAGGGAGUGUGUGGGCGUGGGCGUGGACGGCGUGGAGACGUGCGCCCAAGGCCUCUACCGCUGCCCCUCCGGUCACUGUAUCCCGGAACUCUCCGUCUGCGACCGCAGGAUCGACUGUCCGGAUGGUGACGACGAGCGCCACUGUCUUGAUGAUAACUUCGAAGUGCUCCGCUACAUCUCGGUGAAGCCGUCGGCAGUCUCUGGAAAACUGGGAAAGAGGAGCGACCCGCCAAGCCGCCUGGUGACGCCCACGCUUCACCAUCCUACAAGUGGCGUUGGCGUCCUUACCUUCAAGUACAGAUUAGAUGCGUGGAUUGGUGCCUCCAACGGUACCCUUAGCUUGGAAAUGGUGGACGCAGAAGAUCCGAGUGUGGGCGUGCGACCAUGGGCGGUGUGGAGACAGAGCGGCCACAAAGGACGACAGUGGCUUUCCGCUACAGUUCUUAUUCCACCGCUGCCGUCUCUUGAUAAGUAUAAGCUGUCAUUCCUGGUGUCACACGAUGACCACGCCCACGACUCCCAGCAGUUCCACCUGUCGCAGCUGGCCUUCACCGUGGUUCACCCGCGAGCCCUCAACCACCUGGGUCAAGAGCUGCUGGAGUGUGAGUUCGAGGACAGCCUAUGCGGAUGGUCGCAGCUGAGCACUGAGGGCGGGUACUCGUGGGUGUUCGCCAGGGCCUCGCCGCACACCCGCCGCACCGGUCCCAUCACUGGGUACCCAGAUGUGGUGGGAUCAGGCUUCAUCUUCGCCGACUCUUUGCACGGUACUGAGGGAAGCAUCGCCGAUCUCCUGAGUCCACCGCUCCUGCUGCCGGAGGGACCCGACCCCGCUCUCUGCUUUAGGUUUGCUGUGUUCCUGUUCGGCGCUGACGUGGCCAAGGUGUCGGUGCACGUCCUGCAGAUGCUGGGCGACGCCACGCACACUGCCGAGAUCUUCCACGCAGUGGGCGGUAAGGGGCUGAGCUGGAUGCCCGUGGGCGUGACUGUGGGCCGCGAGGACGUGGCUGAAGUAGGGGUGCCACUAGUACUGGCCGUCAGGGCCACUCGAGGCCCGGGCACCGAGGCUGAUAUCGCCCUCGACCACGUCGCCGUCCUGUCUGGUGCCUGUCAUCUCCAACCGGUGUUGGACGCUAAUGUCACCCUGAACGCCACACUCUCACACGCCGACGCCUCGGCUCUCUCCGCUGGGGCUGCUGUAACGCCCCUAGCCCCACCCUCACAAAUACAGGACCAGUCCGAGCCCUCCGCCCCAGCUCAUGACCCGUGUGGGGCCCUCACAGCGUGUAUGGCGUGUGUGGCUCAGGAGACAGAGGAGGGCUUAGAGGGAGAGUUGGGGUGGUGCACGUGGUGUGACCUGACCCAGGCCUGUCUCUCCAGGAAGAAUCCCGCCGCGGCCGCCUGUCCUGAUCAUCUCACCGUCCACCACAAUACCACGAAGUCGCAGCAGCGUCGGGGUCCUGGGUGGUGUCCUCAGCUGGCGGCGCGACAGGAGAGACAGGUCUUAGUGAGCGCUGGUUCCUCCCCCGUCCUCAGCUUCCCCGUCCACAACAUCCAGCCGUCACAGACGGACAGUGGCUGGAUUUGUGUCUUCGAGCCUGUAGAGGAGGAUGCUGGAGAGAGCCAGGAAACCGGCACAGAGGAGACAAGAGGAGGAAGUGUGGAAGAAGAGAAAAGAGAGAAGCAAAAGAGGGAGGAAGUGGAGGACGAGGAAGAGAUCAAGGAAGCAAUAGAGAAACGAAUUAAAACAGAUGAGGAGUUCGACUUCAAAAAGAAAAAAGCGGAAAUGAAGCGAAUGAAGAAGGGAUGGAAGUUGACACGAGAGGGAAGCCUUCGGUUACCUGGCCAGUUUCAGGGUCGAGUGUUCGACAUGGGCGGCGGUGUAGGGACGGGCGUGAGUGUGUCUACCGGCGUGGGCGUGGGAGCCAUCAGAUGCGGGGAUGGUUUGACGGAGCUGCGGCCCGCUCCUGCCCGCCCCUAUGCCCACUACACUGUCAAGAUCCUCACUCCCGCAGGCGCCCUGCUCGACAAUCCUGGAGACGUGAGACUGGUAGUGUACGGGUGUGACCUCCUGGGUUCUUCCUGCCCCACCUGCGUCGCCGUCAACGCUACACUCUCCUGCGGUUGGUGCCUGGCCACUCGCACCUGCACGACUCAUGCCCAUUGUAUAGGGACCUCAUGGUUCGGCCCGGGAAGGACCUGUGAUUCAGAGGAAUACCUGAAGAGCCUCGCAGAGCCCCUGGGAGAACCGCAGAUAGGUCUCGGGGAACCGAUGGAACCGCUGGAGGACGAAAUGGAUCACAAGUCCCAUAAAAACGAUUUGAGCUUCGAUAACAUGGACAAUUUCCUGGAGAGCUCCGAUCAGGCUCACGAGGUCGAGGUCCUCGGUGGAAGAGACGACGAGGACGAGGAGGAAGGUGAGGAGGAAGACAUGACAUCGGUGGUGGAGAGGAGAGCGGGCAAAGAAGGUAGGAGGCACGGCAGGAAGAAGGGACCCAAGAUCAAGAAGCCCGAGGGAGGACCAGACACUAUAGCAGACGACGCCACCGUCCUCACCGCGCUUGAGCCCAACGACAAUAGUGUUAUCGACGCCAGCGUCAAGAAGACUGGACAUCUGGGGGGCAAGAAGAAGGCCGGGAAGCGCACAGUGAAGGGCAAGAUGAAGGUCACCAACCGCGGUCGCUCCUUCCUGCGUCUGCCCCAACACCCGGGGCUCUUCGUGGCCAGGGAUGCCUGGCGGCUCCACACUGGGCGCCAGUACUACAUCCCCGUCAAUAAGAAGACCCUCAUCAAUCUGGGCUUCGUCAGGCAGGUGACGUACGGCAGCCUGGCGGAGGAGAAGACCCGCACCGUCCUCAUCAACGGGGCCUGGAAGAAAGCAGCAGGGUACUUCGUAGACCUGUUCGAGAAGGUGGACCAGGACCCCGUCACCUCCAUCAUAACCACCAGCAGGGGCGUCUUCGAGCAGUUGUUGGCUCAACUCAUUCCCGAGCAGUAAUUCAGCCUCCCACUCAACACACCCACCUUACUCAGCUUCAUAAGCACUCACCUCCACCAUCCCUCCCAUAGUGUCACUACCCAGCACCUCCACCACCGUAUGCACCUCGCAUGCUUCUAAUCCUCUGGAGGCAUUGUCACCUGCAUAAUUAGUUAAAGUUCUUGUAUCAACACAGGUUAUGUUAGUGUUGACGUCAGUAGCUGUUACAAUAUUCUGGUCAGGUUUAGUACAAACAUUUGUUUCAUGCAGACGAGGAGUCACAAUAACGUGGCUGAAAUAUGUUGACCAGACCACACGCUAGAAAGUGAAGGGACGACGACGUUUCGGUCCGUUCUGGACCAUUCUCAAGUCGUUUCAUACACGAGGUGGAUAUCUUUAGUUAACAUUAUUUAACAUUUAGUUUUGUACAUUCAAGUUGAGCAUAAUAUUUGUUAUCAGUCAACCAUCAGAUCUUCAUAUAAUGCUUUGAAAUGCUAAGAACGUUCCUCGCAGUUCAAAAAGUCUGCAAUUAUUUGUAGGAUAAUUUCAGUAGUGAACAUGCAGCAUAAGGAAUUUAACGAGUCACAACGUUAAAUAUAUUCAUAAGAAAUAUUAAUUCAGAUAAAAAAAAUAGAUAUUGUGGUUUGGUAUGAUAUUACGUUUUUGAACCUUACCUUGAGGUGAUUUCGGGGCUCAGCGACCCCGCGGUCCGGUCGUCGACCAGGCCUCCUUAUGUGUUGAAGCUUGCAUUUGCAGCCGCUCUGUAGCUAUGGUGUCCUAACUCAGGAGGAAGCAGUAGUCUUAAUUUAUAAACAAUAUAUAUUAUAUUUAUAUAUAAAUAGAUAUAUCAAAAUAUAUAACAAAAUUAUGCAUUACUAACAGUUUCUUCGUUGUAUUAGUUUAGAGAUGUAGUAUAAUAUGUCAGUAUCACUUACAACUUAGGUAAACAUGUCUAUUUACACUCCAUAGUAUUUUUUAUAAAACCAGUCAGUAAACCGCUUUGUUAAUCAAUAAAGCAUAAUAAAAACA